GAGGCUUCCACGGGCCAAGGAGGCGGCCCCGAGAGGUGACCCGGGACCAGGGCGUGGCCCAUGGCGGAAGACUGAGGCCGCGACCUCCCGGCCCCGCCCCGCGCCGAGCAGCCCCGCUCCUGCCACGCCCCGCCGGGAGGCCCACCCCUAUGGACGCCGCUCUGCACCAAUCAGAGAUUGCCUGGCCUCGGACCCGCCUCCUGGUGCCGCCCGCGCAGGCGCCGUAGGCCGAAGCGGCGGGAUGAGCGGAGCCGGCGUGGGCGGGGCGUCCGAAGAGCGCCAGGCCAUGCAGGCCCACGUGUCUAUUAUCCUCCCAGUCCACAACGCUGAACCGUGGCUGGACGAAUGUUUGAGGUCUGUUUUGCAACAGGACUUUGAAGGUACCAUGGAGCUGUCUGUUUUCAAUGAUGCCAGUAAGGACAAGUCUGGGGCUAUCAUUGAAAAAUGGAGAGUGAAGCUGGAAGAUUCCGGUGUCCACGUGAUCAUUGGGGGGCACGAUUCUCCUUCUCCUAGAGGCGUCGGAUACGCUAAAAAUCAAGCAGUUGCCCAGAGCUCAGGGUCUUACCUUUGCUUUUUGGAUUCGGAUGAUGUCAUGAUGCCCCAGCGGGUGAGGCUGCAACACGAGGCUGCCGUUCAGCACCCGUCGAGCAUCAUUGGUUGCAGAGUGAGGAGAGAUCCCCCUAACUCCACCGAACGAUACACACGUUGGAUCAACCAGCUGACGCCGGAGCAGCUCCUGACCCAGGUUUUCACCUCAAAUGGCCCCACGGUGAUCAUGCCCACCUGGUUCUGCUCGCGAGCGUGGUUCUCCCACGUGGGCCCCUUUAACGAGGGAGGUCAGGGCGUCCCGGAGGACCUGCUGUUCUUCUACGAGCACCUCAGGAAGGGCGGCGGCGUCAUCCGCGUGGACCAGAGUCUCCUGCUGUAUCGCCACCACCCACAGGCGGCCACGCACUGCGUCCUCGAGACGACCAUCUGGACCCACCGCGUCCGCUUCCUGGAAGAGCAGGCCCUGCCCCGCUGGGCGGCCUUCACCAUCUGGAACGCUGGCAAGCAGGGGCGCCGGCUGUACCGCAGCUUGACUGCCGGCAGCCAGCGCAAGGUGGUGGCAUUCUGUGACGUGGACGAGAACAAGAUCAGGAAAGGCUUCUAUUGCCACGAGGACUCUCAGGAAAGACCCAAGCCCCGAAUCCCCAUCCUGCACUUCCGAGCCGCCCGGCCACCCUUCGUCAUCUGUGUGAAGCUGGACCUCACAGGGGGCGCCUUUGAGGACAACCUGAGGUCACUGCACUUGCAGGAGGGCCAGGACUUCCUUCACUUCAGCUGACGGACCAACCCAUGGCAGCUGCUCCCAGUGCAUCCCAGGCCAGCAGGAGCUUUGUGAGCUGCAGGCAUGGCUAUGGUGCGCCUGUUCCACACCCAGCAGGCGUGACCAGAGUCUCGUGUGUGCUGACCACAGGAGCCAAGCCUUUUCCACUGUGUGGACUCAUGUGGCCGACUCAUGUGGCCAAGGCUAGGCUUGGUCACCCAGGACCCUCACCACAUGACCCCAGCCAAUCGAGGGGACAGUUCAAGGAGGAGGAGACCCCUAUUACACAGGUUGGAAUAAAAUGUUUACAUCUCGUAAAAAUGUAACCCAAGGCUCUUUUAGGGGAUAAAGACUAUUGGCCACCAGGUCAAACACAACAAUGGUAGUGUGUGAACCCCACACUCCUGUGUGACCAGGUCGUCACACACAUCCCGUGAAGAGCUGUCUGCUAAACACACAGCACGGACUGUCACAGUCCUGGCCUUGUGGUCCUGGUGACCUCACAAGCCUCACAGAUGCGGUGGCACCUCCCAGUUCUCGGCCUGCCCAUGUUCCUGUGUCCAGGCCCCAUCCCCACCUGAGAGCAGGCCGGGGAGCCACCCUAAUCUACACCACGCACACGGCACCCCUGGGCUCCUCACAUAGGGAAAGGGUUGCUCACCCAAGCCCUUGGGCCUCUGAGUGGCCACACCUGGGGCUGCUUUGGUGCUGCUGGCUGUGGUUCUGCACCUCAAGCCCUGUGAGCACAGCACAGGUCCCAGAGAUGAGAUGGGUGUGGGUUGCUACCACAGUGGAAUUUUUAUACACGUUCCCCUCACCAGCUUUGGGAUGGAUCAGCACGAGCUCAGACACAGAGACAAAGGUAGUCUCCUGCCCUUUGCCUAAAAACCCAAGUGUGGACUCUGCCCAGGCUCUCCUAAGACAGUGUAAUUAUUUCAAGAAUGGUAUUUAUUUCCCACAUUACUGUAGAGGCACACAUUGGACUCUGACGAUUCCCCUUGCAGCAGACAUUUGUGAAGCUGCUGGUCGGCACACCCAUCAGUGACUCCUGCACUGCAGAGGGGCCACAUGCAUGAUGCUCACGUGUGCACAGGGGGGAGGACAGCACCCCCACCAGGCAGACAGGCCCAGAAACAGCAUCUGCCCAGCACUCCAGAACAUGCCUGCCACCAGGGCUUCUCAGUUCUCUCUCUAGCAUUUGAACCUCUGAUUUAACAUUCAUCUCUCUCCAUGACUGGGUGGGGCACUGCCUGUGGCCGGACGUCUCCCACAGCAGGGACAGCACCAGGCAAGAAGGGGGGCUGGUCUCCAGGCAGGAGGAGUGGAGCCCACCUCCCCUCUGGCUGACCUCUGGGCAGUGAGCCUCUCCAUCACCCCUACACACAUCAGGCUCAGAGACAAAAGGCAGGAACUUCUUGGUACAUGAUUUUAUAGGAAGCACAUUUGUGUUCAAGUGAAGGCAGAGGCGUCCACCCCAAGUCACCAGAGCGCAGGUGCAGAGAGGAAAAGCUGUCAGCUAGUGCCAGCCUCCAAGGGCCAGCGCUGCCCUUCAACAGCUGGAGGCACCACUGUGCGAGGCUUUCCACACCGGCCUCCCUCAGGAACAAGACAUCGUCACCAGGCAGGGGUGAGGUAUGGGCUCCAGGACUGGCUUCAGCAGGCACCAGGCUGAAGAAGAGACAAGACAAGCUCAGGCUGGUCAGCUCCAACACACACCAUUCCCAGCCAGGGGACCCUCGCCCCUCUGGGUCCUGUGUGGGGACUGACACGGUUCCUGCAGGAAACCAUUUGUGCUGUUUCCCACACACCCGGCAGCCCGAGCUAUGUGGCUGACAGGUGCUCAUGACUAACGUGUCCUCGGAAGGGCACCCCAUCUGGGGAGCGGGAAGGGAGGUUCACUGCACUGCUCUUAACCUGUAUUCACACGUUUGAAAUUUUUCCUAAUAAAAAUGUAAAAAGCACAUUUAA